AGGGAUGGCGAUUUAGGACUUUUAUUAUUUUAGGAUGGUGACAAUAUGCAAAAUGAGCUUGCCAUAAUCUCACUCCUCAAGCGGUUUUAAUGGAGAAAUCAGUUAAAUCGCAUAAUGCAUACCACACCAUACCAAGCAUGAUUUGAUAUGUAUGGAUGUGGAUGCAAUAGUUAAGCAUAAAGUGUUGAAAUUUAAUAUAUUUUAAUACAUUAAAUAUGGAUUCAAAUUUAUGGGCUGCAGUUUAAAGCUGUGGCUGAGUAUCAACAGUUUCAAUGGGCAUGUGUGUCGGAGUGGAUGGGGGUUUUUAUGGUUGACUAUUCCAAUAAUUUCCAUGAAAGCGCGCUCUCCACAGACAUUCCUACAGUGGCUCCUCCUUCCUCCACUCCAACUGCUGCGCUCGUCACGUGUCACCCCGUCCACCAAUCAGCGUUCACCAGAGCCAGCCCGGACAGCAGCAGUCCUCAGAUCCAGCCAGCCUCUGCUGCGACCCACUCCGCUAAGCGACAGCAGUGGCGGUCGGGGGAGGGAUUGUUUUGGUUAAAGUUUGUGGGAUUGUUCUUUUAUGUUUCUGUCCGCGUCUUAAUAAGAAGUUUAUCUCUUAAGAUGUUUUGUGCGCUUUUCAUUUUACUCACGGGUUUUCUUUCCCCCACUCGGAGGAGAGACUGUGGAUGAAGCGGUUUUAAAAGAGGGGCAACUUUUCCCAAAACAACCAACCAACCAACUAACCAACGGGCUGACCUAUGCUAAGCUAGCCCGCUAGCCAGGAGUCUGGAAUGCAGCCGGGGUUUGUCCUUAAAGUCCACAAACCAGCAGGCAAACUUUACAUUCCUCAACUCGACUGCUUCGAACUAUUUACCUGCGAGUUUGGACGGGACACCAGCCCCGGGGAGGCUCUGUGUUUCUCCUCGGGUCGGACGGUGCAGGUGCACCUCUUGCGGCACCUGCGGAAACUUGGUAACUUUGCUCCAUCUGUUUAAGGCUAACUUUAGUUUUCUCACAGGACAUUUUGGUAUCUCGUCGUUACUUAGUUGACUUACAAAUAUUAUAUACGCAAUUCAUGGCGUAUUGGUCGCUUUUAAUAAGUCUCAGGCGUCAGCCCAUGAAGCGCUGGUGUUUGCUAAGCCGUAUUUCGGCUAAUCUUAGCGAGCAGCCUCGCUGGGUUGCUCAUUGACCAUCAUACUUCUAUCGGAGUGGCGACGUGGAUACACGCUUGUAGGCUGCCUCUCUCACAGGACUUUGGACACGAUUUGACUUUCCUGGGUGCUGCUGAGGGGAUUCACCUCGCUAAAGUGACAUUAUGAGUAUAUUUAAAAGUUAUAUUUUAAAGUUUUAAUUUUUUUUUUCUUUUAGUUCUAUAAGCUCUGCACCCUAUGGUGCCGCUAGGGCCACCGAGAAAUGGAUGUCUCGCAGGCCGCUUCCCCAAACGGUGAAGGGCGGCCGGGCGGCGGUGGGACCGGGGAGCAUGCCUGGACAGAGUGCCCGACUGUCCGGUCGUGGGCUCACUCUGCUCCGCUGUGUCCCACUCGGUCCCUGUGGACCGCCGCGUACGACUACGAGGCAAGCGGCGAGGACGAGCUCAGCCUCAGGAGAGGGGACGUGGUCGAGGUCCUGUCCAAGGACGCUGCGAUCUCCGGGGACGAAGGAUGGUGGACGGGCAAGCUGAACCACCGGGUCGGGAUUUUCCCUUCUAAUUACGUCACGUACCAGCCCGCUAUUUACCGUAUUCCCGCAACCAGUGGGUCGGCGGGGGUGUCGGAGCAAGUGCCCAGCUCGCCCACUCAGAUUCCCUUCAGUGAACUGGUGCUGGAGGAAAUCAUUGGCGUGGGUGGCUUUGGCAAAGUCUACCGGGGAACAUGGAAAGAUCAGGAGGUCGCGGUGAAAGCGGCACGGCAAGACCCGGAUGAGGACAUCACGGCCACCGCCGCCAGCGUCAAGCAGGAGGCCAAGCUGUUUUCAAUGCUGCAGCAUCCCAACAUCAUCAAACUGGAGGGGGUGUGCUUGGAAGAGCCCAACCUGUGCCUGGUGAUGGAGUAUGCCCGAGGCGGGACGCUGAACCGGGCGCUGACUGGAAGGCGUAUCCCGCCACACAUCCUGGUCAACUGGGCAGUGCAGAUCGCACGCGGGAUGCUCUAUCUGCACGAGGAGGCCGUGGUACCCAUCAUCCAUCGGGACCUGAAGUCCAGUAACAUUUUAUUACUUGAAAAAAUUGAGAACGACGACAUCGGGAGGAAGACCUUGAAGAUCACGGACUUCGGCCUCGCCAGAGAGUGGCACAAAACUACAAAAAUGUCGGCUGCAGGCACCUACUCCUGGAUGGCCCCAGAGGUCAUCAAGUCCUCGCUCUUCUCCAAAGGCAGCGACGUGUGGAGUUACGGUGUCCUGCUGUGGGAGCUGUUAACGGGGGAGGUCCCGUACCGAGGGAUCGAUGGUCUGGCUGUUGCUUACGGUGUGGCUGUCAACAAGUUGACUCUUCCCAUCCCCUCCACCUGCCCUGAACCCUUCGCCAAGCUUAUGGAAGAGUGCUGGGACCAGGACCCUCACGUCCGCCCCUCCUUUUCCUGCAUCCUGGAGCAGCUGUCGGCCAUCGAGGAGGCGGUGAUGGCCACCAUGCCCCAGGACUCCUUCCACAGCAUGCAGGACGACUGGCGGGUGGAGAUCCAGGAGAUGUUCGAUGAGCUCAGGACCAAAGAGAAGGAGCUGCGCUCCAGGGAGGAGGAGCUGACGCGGGCCGCCCUGCAGCAGAAGUCUCAGGAGGAGCUGCUGAAGCGGCGCGAGCAGCAGCUGGCGGAGCGCGAGAUCAACGUGUUGGAGAGAGAGCUCAACAUCCUCAUCUUCCAGCUCAACAAGGACAAGCCCAACGUCAAGAAGAGGAAAGGCAAAUUCAAACGCUCCCGCCUCAAACUGAAGGAUGGGAACCGCAUCAGCCUGCCCUCAGACUUCCAGCACAAGAUAACCGUGCAGGCGUCGCCUUCCAUGGACAAGCGGCGCAGCCUCCACAGCACCAGCUCCUCUCCGCCCAGCAGCCCCACGCUCAUCCCUCGACUGCGAGCCAUCCAGCUCACACAAGACGAGAGCAACCGAACGUGGGGCCGCAGCUCCCUCUUCAGGCCGGAGGAGUUCGACGACGUGAAAAAAGGAAUCAAGAAGAAAGGAAGAACCUGGGGCCCCAGUUCAGUUCAGAGCAAAGAAAGACCUGCUGCAGCCGAGAGGGUGCGUCCUCUGUCAGACGGCAGUAACCCCUGGUCCACCAGCCUGCUGAAGUCCCAGAAGUCUGUUCCCCUGGCCGCUCUGUUCGGCGAACAAGUGGGAGCAGGCAGGGAGGAGGCGUUCCCCCAGGAAUGUCCCGACAGCAGCUCCAAACCAAAGCAGCUCAAGUUCCCCAACCAGGUUUACAUCGACCUUCCUCUGUGGAAGGACGAGACGCAGCCUCAGAGCCCCGGUGGGAGCGGCGGACCGGGCGACGCCGGGGUCGGUGCAGGAAGUCCCCCAGAGACUCCGGAAGACCCCUGCACCACCACGUCCACCUCCUCCACCUCCACAACCCCUCAGCUGACCCCCACCAACAGCCUGAAGAGGGCGUCGGCGCGACGGAAGACCGACUUUGCGCUGUACGGCUGUGGCUCGCUGCUGGCCUCUGUGGUCCUGGGUUACGACAUCAGAGAGGCCAUCAGGACCUCAGCUCCUCCUGAGGAGUGCGAGACCCCAAAAGAGGAGAAGAAGAAGAAGGAGGGCCUGUUUCAGCGUGCAACCCGGUUCCGCCGCAGCACCUCCCCACCGGGCGGCCGCUCCCGCAAGGAAGACGCGUCUUCAAACGGCGGCGCCGCCCCGCCGGUCAACCUCGUCUCGAUGUCGGCCAUCAUGGAGUGCAACUCCACCAAGUGCCUCCUACAGCCGGAGGCCGAGGCGUCGGAGCUGAAUCCUGGGAAGGCCGAGCCUGCGGUCAACGAUGACAACUCGGAAACAUCCCGACCCGUCAGAGCAGCAGCUGCAGACAGCCAGAGCAGCAAGCCUGCAGCUGAAACCCAGAAGGCAGAGCAAAGUCAGAGUCGGCCCCCAGAGCAGAGCAACCACAACACAGGAACACGACUGCGCAGGAAGAAGUACACCGCCAACCACAACACCCACAACGGCCCUCCGGCGCCACCUGCUGCUCAGAGGAAGCAGGAGAAGGAGGAAAAGCCGGCCAACGGGGACGCCGUCCCGCGGCAGAGGCCCGUGUCGUUCCGGGCCAAGCCCCACGCCUGGGCCCUGCUGCGGGGCCGCAACAAGAGCUACUCCCUGGGCCACUACUCCGGGGAGAAGACAGCCCAGGACCUGAGCGUGGUGCUGUCCUCGGAGGUGGGCUGCUCGCUGCUCGACAUGGACACGGAGGGGCAGAAGCGGGACUGCACCGUGCCGCUCUGCCGCAUCCAGAGCUCCCCAGCACGGCCCUCCAUGUUUGAGCUGGAGAAAGAGUUUUUCUCCUAGGAGCCUGGAGCUGAGCGAGGCGGGCUGUAGAGGGUAGCUGGGGGGGCUUUAGACGUACGCUGCCUUUCUUCCUUUUUGUCUCUAAAAGCACCAUAGAAAGAAGGUUUUUAUUUUAUUUUUUUCUUAGUGCCUGAGCAAAGUGAUGUUGGGGUGUCACAGCGCUCUAAAAGAACCGCCUUAAACACGUUUCCAGAACAGACUCUGACCUCUAACCUCGCCGUUACCCCGCCCUGUCCCCCUUGGUACGUCGUCGCAGCUCAACGUUGACCGCCGCUGCAUCUCCCCCAACUCUAAACAACUUUUUAUUUAUUUUUAUUGGUAAUUUAAUAUGAACUGAGUUAGCGGGCAGCAGGACAUACAUUCCACCUCCGUUUCACAGCUGCGUCAUCAGGCUCCUAGAUUUAUUUUCUCACUGGAGAAUCGUGCAUGUAAACUUAAAAUGUUCACAAAAAACAGGAAAAAAAAAAAAAAAGCAAUAUUUGUGAAUAUGACUUUUUACCCACUGUCAGCCUGAUGCUGCUGUUGUUUUCUAUUGCAAACGUGUUUUUACGACUGUCGGCUCACUCUGCGCUCUAGGAACAGGUUACAUUAUCAAUGCUAGAGCCGAAGCAUCUUUUGUUUCACCCAGAACGACCUAAAGAUUAUAGAGAUGCAGGUAGAAAAUCACUGGAAGUCUUACGAAGCAGACAUGGAAUCUAUUCUUGUAAAAAAAAAAAAAAAAAGAAAAGACAAGAAAAAUGUUGCUUUUUAUGUAUUUAUAGAUGUCUUUUUUUUUUCUGGUUCUCGGCACACUAAAGCAGAUUUUUCACAUAAAGCAGUAAAACUCAACAAGAGCUGAUUGGUUGAAACAUGAACACAUGAGCUGCGUCUGUAAUGGGGAAUUGAAGAAGUUAAACUCUUACGGAUUCAUCUCACACACUCGAGCUUUUAUUUUAAAUUUUGAUGAUUGAUGAAACGUCUCAGAAAUAUUCCAUAAGGCUUUGGAAAGCAGAAAUAUCAGCCUACGGUUUAUUUAUCCACUUAACUCAUCUUCAUCUUGACAACACUCCACAGGUUCUCUGUGGGGUUCGGGUCAGACCAGUUCGCAGGGGGUUGCCAUGGUUACAGGAGUCACCUUCUGCUGGAAGAUGACAUCAGUAUCCGCAUGGCUUCACAACCCUUUCUAAGCUGUUACUUUCUCAUCUUUUUCCACACUGCCACACUUUUCCCUCCACUCAACUUUCCAUUGACAUCCACUGAACGGGCAGCUUCGUUAGCAGCGACCCUUUGAGGUCACUGUCUUAAAAGUAACACAUCAGUCCUUUUUUUUUAUGCAAUAUUUUAAAAUCCCAAUAAACUUUACACUCAGUUCCCAUUAGCUUUAAGCCGUAGUCAUCAAAACAAAGAAUCUGUUUAACACGAGUUUUACCUUUUGAUGAGUUACUGAAACAAAUCACAGUUUAAGUCACACUCUGUUUUACUGAGGGACUUGUAUUAUUUCCACACAUUCCUGAAUGCAGCUGGUUUUUAAAGUGUUCUCAGUAAAGCCUGUGCCUUUUUUAAUGCAAGCAUCACGUAUUUUUACCUGAAUGAACCUGUUGAACUGUUACAUUUAACAACUUCCACAUUCGGUUGAAUCCGUUUCGCAUCAUGAAGUCUAUUUAUGCGUAAAAAUAUUUCUUUUCACCUGAACAGACUCGUCCCGUCGCGCUCAGAAACGCCUGGAGACGUUUAAAUUCAAUUUUACUUUAAACUACCUGCUUCCUCAGGACUUGUGAAGGUCUCUGUAUCCCAGCAGGCUUUGCUCUCCAGACCUUUUCUACGCUCCAGAGCUCUGAAUCGGUUUUGCACUGUAACUGAAAAGUGCGUAUGGCGCCGCUUCACUUGUUUCACUCGUUGUCUUACUGAGUUUCCUAGAGAAGGGCUAAAAAAUGAACUUAGAGAAGCAUCUGAAUUACCAGACGGUGUGAAUGUCUUCCUGACGUUUGCGUGCGUCUUGAUUUUUUUUUUUAAUUUUUUUUUUUUUUUUGUAGAACGUGAAGUAUCCGAGUCUCAAACUGUUAAAGGUGCUUUCCACAAGCCAGUUUUCUUCCGUUUUCCAGAACCGUCUGUAAAUAGCACGCCGCUUUGUGACGAAUGUUUUCUCUUACAUUCCUAAGACGUUUUGCCACGGCAGCGAUGGGGACCAGAUUUGAAAUGAGAAUUUUUCUGCGUUCAGACCCAAAAACCACUAAUCCAACCUGCUGCUAUGUGAAGGAGACGAAGCGUAGAGGCCUGCGAAGUGAUCAAACCGUGUAAAACUUCUUCUUCUUGUUUUUUUGGGGGUUUUUUAAAGACUGCUGAUGACACUGACCGGGUUCAGAUCUGUUUCAGUGAGCCGUGUGUGUUUAUCCUGACAGUAUUGGCUAUGUCAUGCCUGAUCGAUCAAGAGUUAUCAUGUUUAUCAACGUUUUAAAUAAAGUCCACAUC